CUUUCCUAAGGCAGUGGAUGCCUAAAGAGUGUAUUCGUUUCGCGAACUUUACUAAAGCAGUGGAUGCUAUAUACACACAUAAAUAUAUGUUAAUUCAAGUACCAGAAGGCAGUUAUUAUAAAUAUGACCAACUGCCGCAGCAGCACGUGGUCGUGGAGUUAGAAGCAAGAGGUAGCAGCAGUAUCCUCGGCACAAUCGGAGAGACCAUCGCUAGAGAUACCAGGAACUGUCAACCAGCGGAACCAGAAGCAAGCGGUGGCAUUAGAUGCAGCAGCACCAGCAUUGGCACUAUCAGAAGUGACAAGAACAAUCCGAGCCAGAAGGUUUGGACCACUCAAGAACCAGUCGGCACCAGCAGCAGCAGUAGUAUCCCAGCACCAGAUGAGUUAAUCGAAAAACAGGUAUAGAAUUAAUCUAUAUUAAGAAUUAUAGGGGUUGCGAUAGCAACCAUGGGAGUUUUUAAAAUAGGGGCCAAGAGAGCAAAGAAAUGAUAAAGGAAUAAAUUCGUACGGUCAAGUGAGCCAACAUUAAAAUAUAAACAAUAAAAUUAGUAGGAAUAUGGAAAACACAUACAAGAUGAUUACCACUAAAUACUUCACACGUAAUGUGAAGGGUCACUGUCACCUAUGUCACGAGUCUGAUGAGGAACAGAUGAUUUAUUGUUGCGAGUGUGAGCGAUGGUUCCACUUGAGUUGCACUAAUCUAAAGCAAGCCCCUCUAACGGGUGAUCGGUGGAUCUGUGUCAAAUGCACAGAUCUAGAAUAUAAUUAUUCGAAGAAAGUGCGAAUAAGUGACUUAAUAGGAAUACUCGCUACUAGCAUAUAUCCUAGUGGGUGGGGAAAUUAUUAUAAGGAGGAUAUGCCAACCAAGCCGCCUCCAUUUAGGGUAAUUAGUGAAUUGCAUAGGCGAGUAAAUGGCAAUUCUGAAUCUGAGUUUAGAAACU